UGUCACCUUCUUUGCCUUUCCCAAUUCCUCUCACUCUAUCUGCAAAUUCUGAACCCAAAAACAAAGCACAGAAAGCUUACAACACACCACACUCUCGUUGCACUCUCUACGAAAAAUGGCUAUGGUCAAUGCUUCUUACGUUGCUUUUCGUCCACACCCAUGUCCUUAUCUUCUACUACCUUCCUCUUCAUUUCCCACAUUGCCAGUAAUUUUCUCCAGAAAUCCUCAUGAGUCAUUGCUUUUUGCGCCGGCUCAAAAACCCAACACUAGGGCUGUCAUUAGAACCUGUUUUGCGCCCAAGAACGAGACUUGUGGAGGUUUUGAUACAGCUGAAGAAAAAGAAGAUGGAAUAGAGGAUUCCACUGAGACCCUCUUGUACUCUUUCACUCCUUUGCCUUUGCUAUUUCUGGCUGCCCUUCCUGGCGCGGCUAGUGUGAGGUCUCUGUUUGGGCCCUUUGUUGAACUUGUGAAGUCAUGGAACCUUCCGGGCUGGCUUGUGCAUUGGGGUCACCCUGGUAACAUGGCUGUUGUGCUCUUUGCCAUGGGUGGUUAUGGAACCUAUUUAGGUUUUCGAAUUCGUUUUUCUGAUGAUGUGGAGGAAAAAGCAAAAGCUAAAGACUUGCACCCAAAACUCCUUGGAGGAAUGUUUUUCUUCUUUGCUCUUGGAGCAACUGGUGGAAUGACAUCUCUCCUUACUUCAGAUAAACCCAUUUUUGAGAGUCCUCAUGCUGUCACAGGUUUCAUUGGCCUUGCUCUUCUGACUGCACAGACUAUAUUACCAUCAUUAUUUGAGGGGAAUCCUGGACUACGGAAUGUUCAUGGGAUUCUCGGCAGUGGGAUCAUGACGUUGUUUCUUGUCCAUGCUGCCCUUGGACUUCAACUUGGUCUCAGUUACUAAUCGCUUAAUCAAUGCCUGGGAGUUCUUCUUUUGAGAAUCAUUUUUGGAUCUGAUGUAUAUUCUUUCUCCAGCUGGGGAAUUUAGCUUCACAGGUGUAAACAUGUACUUUUAUCGGCUGUUUGGAAAGAAAACACUGUUGCUAUUAAGUAAGUUUGCACUUUGCAGCAAGAUUAUGGCACCAUCAAUUUGUAAAUCAGCAUGAAUAUUGUAGGAAAUUUAUAUCAUCUGAUCAGAGUUUUUGUUGGUGAUGAGAACAUUAGUUACAAACAUCUUCUUUCCAAUUGGUGAUGUAAAAUAUGUAAAUAGAUAGGAUAACAGAAACGUGUGCUUAACUAUUGAAGCUUUUAGAGCCC